AUGAAGAUCCCCGCUCUAGGUCUGUCAGGCCAUUCUAGGACGUCGAUAUCAGCAUGGCUGCUCAACGCGAUAGCUCUACUGCUGUUGGGCCAGGCCUCAGUAACUGCAGAGAAAUCCGCUGCAGACUACUUUAUACGGUCCCUACCCGGACAGCCAGAGGGACCUUUACUGAAGAUGCAUGCAGGACACAUCGAAGUAAACCCUGAACAUAACGGCAACCUUUUCUUUUGGCAUUACAAGAACCGCCAUAUUGCCAACAAACAGAGAACUGUGAUAUGGCUGAAUGGCGGGCCCGGAUGCAGUUCUAUGGAUGGGGCUUUGAUGGAAAUCGGACCAUAUCGACUGAAAGAUGAUCAACAUUUAGUAUAUAACGAAGGGUCAUGGGAUGAAUUUGCCAAUCUUCUCUUCGUGGAUAACCCUGUUGGUACAGGUUUUAGCUAUGUCGAUACGAACAGCUACUUGCAUGAGUUGCCAGAAAUGGCAGAUCAGUUCAUUGUCUUUCUGGAAAAGUGGUUUGCAAUAUUCCCAGAAUAUGAGCACGACGACAUCUAUUUUGCUGGCGAGUCUUACGCCGGGCAGCAUAUUCCAUAUAUCGCUCAGGCCAUCAUCGAUCGUAAUGCCAAAGCACGCGGGCAAAGCAAGGUGGAAUGGAACAUGAAAGGGCUCCUUAUCGGCAAUGGCUGGAUAGCUCCAUCAGAACAGUAUCAAUCCUACCUCCAAUUCGGAUACGAUGAGGGUCUGGUGCAAGGCGGUUCCGACAUUGCAAACAAACUUGAAGCUCAGCAAACCAGAUGUCUUGCAGAUCUUAAUGCUCCUGGCGGUACGGAGCACGUGGACGUGGCUCCAUGUGAAAGCAUUCUAACGAUGAUGCUUGAUCUUACGCAAAAGGACAAGAAGUGCUACAACAUGUAUGACGUGCGUCUACUUGAUGACUACCCGUCUUGUGGAAUGGCAUGGCCUCCUGAUCUAACCAGAGUUACUCCUUACCUCCGCCGCGCUGAUGUGGUCCAAGCAUUACACAUCAAUCGAGAUAAACGAACAGGUUGGACAGAGUGCGCAGGUGCGGUUAGCGGGGCCUUUCGUGCACGACAUUCGAAACCAAGUAUACGUCUGCUACCCGGCCUGCUCGAAUCCGGCCUCCCAAUUUUACUCUUCAGCGGAGACAAAGAUCUUAUCUGUAACCACCUGGGCACUGAAGACUUCAUUCAUAAUAUGGCUUGGUCCGGUGGUACAGGGUUUGAACUCUCCCCUGGCAUAUGGGCUCCGAAGCGUGACUGGACUUUUGAAGACGAGCCGGCAGGCAUAUAUCAAGAAGCUCGCAAUCUGACCUAUGUACUAUUCUACAACUCAAGCCAUAUGGUUCCCUUCGAUUAUCCGAGACGAACACGAGACAUGCUGGAUCGUUUUAUUGGCGUGGACAUUGCAAGCAUUGGCGGAAGUCCCGCCGACAGCCGUAUUGACGGAGAAAAGGCUGGACUGGAGACAAGUGUAGGCGGUCAUCCCAACAGUACCGCAGCCGAAGCGGAUGAAAAGCAGAAGCUGAAGGAAGCUGAGUGGAAGGCGUACUACAAAAGUGGCGAGGCAGCUCUCGUGGUGGUUGUGAUCGCUGCAGCAAUCUGGGGGUGGUUCGUUUGGCGGGGACGACGCAGACAAAAAGGCUAUUCUGCAGUGCCACUGGGAAAUGGUCGUUUGGGGAUGGAGGCUUUUAGAUCCCAGCAGGGCAAGAGAGAUGUCGAGGCAGCAGAUUUUGACGAGAAUGAGUUGGAUGAUCUACAUAGUCGACCGAGACCCAACGGCAUGGCAAGAGAUAGAGACGCGGAGCGAUAUGCAUUAGGUAGUGAUAGUGAUGAAGAUGGGAGGAACACGGUAGGCAAGGAAAAGGGUAAGACGGCAUCGGAACAGCCUAGACAGUUUGGCGGCACGCCUCGACCUGAUCUUCGCUUCCGAGAUCUCGAUUCACCACUAGAUGGCGUCCUUGAGAAGCCACGAUAUGCACGGCCGUACGCAUCCUCAAGGGUAAGGUUACCGGAUCUCUCAAUCUCGACCAAACCUCCAGGAAUUAUUCCAAAUGCAGCCAUCCACAGAUGCAUCAGGUCACCAUGCUCCGCAGUCAUAUCAGUCUCUAGUGUAUGGAGUUCCGACCGUCUCGACCAAUACCCGUGA